GUUCCUUGGCAAACUCAUCUUCUCUCCAUGUGAGGACCGCACUGUUAGUCUUGAGAACAUAAAUGUUACGUCUUGAACAAUGUGAACACAAAACCAGUGACAAGGACAUGGCCAGUUGAGUGCUGACAAGGGCGUUCACUUUGAUCUUUGAGGCGUGUGCCCUUCUGCUAGGAAUAUAGGACCAACGUACUCGAACACCCUACCCAAGUCUUGACACGCGGUUUCUGUGUAUGUUUCGUGUGCAUCUUGAAACCACAUUGUGCUACGUGGAGCGGUUGCAUCGGCUCCCAAACUCAACUAUAAAACUACCCCAGAAGGCUGGAAUCAGACAAGUUCAUUAGAACCACAGAAGAAGUUACAGCACAAACUACUCCUUUAGCGACAUGGAAACAGCCGCUCUUUGUCAGACAAGCACUCAGGGUACUGGUUCAUCGCCACCCAUUAACAAGACCAUCAAGCAGUUUCCAAAAUCACUCGAUGGUCGUUUUAGUCGGUUGAGGAUGCCAUCUAGGGGUUUGGGAACUCAUGGUUUGAGGUUAAAGCAGCGGUUUGGUAGUGGAGUAGGACUUGGGUGCGUGGCUUCUGAUUCUGGCUUAUUGGCUGAAUUCGAAAGAGAACUGGAAGCUGAGAUGAAAACUGAAGAAGAAGAGUGGAUGCGAGUGGGAAAACUGGGAGAAAGGUGCAAGGAAAGGAAAGGAGUGGUGGAGCUGUUAGAGUGCUUGGAAACAGAAGCAAUCAUGGGGGAAGACCAAGGGAAAGAGCCUACUGACUACAACAGAAGAGCCCAGAUCUUUGAUAAGAGUUCCAGAGUUUUUCAGGCUCUCAAGGCACGCAGCAAACCUUCUCAGUCUCAACAACAAUCUUGACUUUUGUCAAGUAAAUAAACAUUCAGCUACUGAAAAAAUAACUUAUCAGGCCAACUGUUUCUCUGCAAUUCUUAUUUUCAAGUCAAAAACAAUAGGAUUUCUUUUACUUCACUGGCAGGUUUCCAGUUAGCUUGCAACUAUACUUGUCCACUAAGAAUAAGUAAAGAUGAUCAUGCCUUGUGGGAAGAUGUUAUUUGCUCUAGAAAUUCUAUGAAAAAUCAAAUUCCAUUUUA